UCCUAUUGUUGUUCGUGCCAGGUGACCUGUGCGCUCCGGAACCAUCAGCUUCCCUGAAAACCUCUAUUCGGAGUUGAGCAGUUGAGUUGCUGUGUGAGUGCUAAGGAAGGACAAUGGCGAAUGUGCUGAAGAGCGUGAAGGUUCCUCCGAACUCGGUGAAUCUGGAGGAGGCAAGGCAACGAGUCUUCGAUUUCUUCAGGACUGCCUGCAGAUCAAUCCCCACCAUCAUGGAAGUCUACAAUCUCAGCGAAGUCGUCACUCCCUCUCAGCUCCGCUCCACUGUCUCCUCCGAGAUCCGAAAGAAUUCCCACGUUACCAAUCCUAAGGUGAUUGAUCUGAUGCUCUUCAAGGCAAUGGAAGAGUUGAAGGACAUUGUGGAUCAUGCAAAGCAGAGGCAUCAUAUCAUUGGCCUGUACGUGGUAGGUAAACAAGGGCUUGUGCAGGAUUUGGGCACAAAAGACCAGGGAAUCUCUCCCUUUUUGAAAAAUUUCUACAAGAGCAAUUACUUUUGAAGUCUGCUGUUUUGUCUUCCAUUUGCUCAAAUAAAGAAUUAUCUGAAACUGUUUUGACCUGCUGUUGGAUAAUAUUUAGAUGAUGGGACUUUGUUUCAGAUUUAACUGUUGUAUUACUGACUGUUCUAUUAAUGCUAAUACACAUGUAUCUACCAUCAUUGCAGAAGGUAGACGUUGUUUCUUAAUGGAGUGUAUUGGCUUGAUAUGUAAAAGAAUAAAGGAAAAUGGUUUUUGACUUUCCAUUUAUUAUAGUACACAAGGGCCAAGAGGCUACUAGUUUUUCA